AUGUCCAGCUCCGACUUGCCUGACGAUCUGUUGGGUUAUGUCACGCCUCCAAGUCACAGCAGCUACCACACUCCGCAAACCAUGAGCGGCAGUCACAGCACCGCCCACAGCGUCGUGAGCACCGACAACAGCCCGCGCAAAAUGCAAUCUGAGCGGAGUUCACUCAACAGUAGGCGCACGAACUCGUAUGGGACGAACACGCAUACGGCAGGAACGAGUGGCAGAAGAGGCGACAUGCGACGCAACAUGUCCUACGCCAGCACCCGCCACAAAGCACCCAUCACAGACCACGAAGCGUACCUCUACACCCUCCGAACAGCCUACCUCUCCUACUUACUCCAACCCCGGCAGAAACGUGUGCAACAUGUCGCCAACACAUCCAAGCGACUGGAAAGAACGAACACGAGUAUUAAUGAUUUGAUGGCCGACUUCAAAUUGAUUAGGGAUAGUAAGAGUACCCGCUUCCCGCACGGUUUCAUGGGUGAACUGGAUAAGCGCAUCACCAAUGUGCUUAUCGGCAAGGAGAAGGGAGCGGAGUUUCAGGAUCCCGUGGUGAAGAGGACUUUUGCCAAUUUCUUGAAUGCCUUCAAGGAGCCGCAGUUCCGGAAACAGAUGGAUAAGGAUCGGAGGGUGGAGGAUCUACUUCUUAUCUUUUAUUCACGUGCAACGUCCGAACUGCAAAAGGGGAAGAGUGCCGAGGAUGAUGCGUGGAAGUGGAUGGUGGAUCGGCAUGUUGCGUUGUUUGUCCGACUGAUUAGUUCGACCCUCAGUCAGAAUGAUUGGACCCGGGAUCGACCGGAGUUGAGUUCACGCUUGAAGACGCUGGAGUCGAAGUUGUUGCAGCAUGAUCAGGAUCUGGCCGAGGCUACUCAACGAGCCGGUGGGCAGGGUGGGCAGAGUAUUGAGGUGGAGAUUCCCAGAUCGUUUGAGGUGAGGGAUAUGCCGCUUGUGAUCCGGGUGUGCUCCAUCUUCGCUAUUCCGACCGUCCAGGCUCAGAAUGAUAUCUUGGCGCAUAGGGAGGUGUGGACGGAGCAGGCCGCGUUGAGGGAUCUGAAGGACUAUCAGAAUCAUAUGAUGCUUAAUACCCGGGCGACGUUGGGGAAGGAUGAUUUUGAUUUGGAUGAGGCUUUUGAUGCGUGGAGGAAGGGGGAGUUUGCGGAUUUGUCGCAGAUGAUGUUGGGCAUUGUGCAGAGUCAGCCCGAAUUGGCGAAAGCGGGGACGUCGGCGGGGUUGUUGCCGCAGUUCAAGGCGACGGCACAACAGGGUGGUGGUGCUGGUGUAGGAGAGGGGUAUGGGGAGGUUAGUCGGCAGAUGAGUGCUGGAGCUGAGGCGGGGGGGGUUUAUGUUGUCGAUCAACCGGUCGAUAUGUCCCAGCUCAACCUUGGCGAUGGUGAGAGCCCACGGGACUCUGGUACUGGUAGUCUGGAUGCUGGACAUGCGGAUUUCACCUUUAUCCCACCUGACGCAAAAGCGUAUUAUCGCGCUGUGUUGAAGAUUGCCUUAUCACAUGAUCUGGCGGAUGAGGAUGUGGGACCGAAUGAGGAUGGUACCCCGCGAUUGCUGUCGCGACAGAGCGUGGAGCUGCUGAGUGAAGUCGGCAUGAGGUGGCGGAUCCCAGUCUUCACUCGCGUGGUACUGUUCCUGGAUAUUGUAAGGGAGAAGUACGAACAGCAGGAGAUCGGCCUAGAAACAGUAGACGCGGCUUUCUCAGCCGCCAAGGAUCCGACGGCACUUGCGCAGCAGGUGGUGGAGAAACGGGGCUCGAAAACCCAAACACAAGUCCCCGCCAUGACGCCGCUGCAGGAGCGGACCAAAUGGACGGUGGCGGACUACGCCCUCUACCAAACGACCCUCUCCCGCCUCCACGACGGUAUCCUCCGAGAACUCUACGAGCUCUUCCAGCACUGCUACGAGGCCAAACCACCCAGUAUCGGCGUGGCGAUGUACGUCCUCGAAACCCAUAUCCUCUCCGACCCGAUCCACCAUUCCUCUCCCGAAGACAUGGCGGCUUUUGCAGCCAUGAUGUCCGAGGCGCUUAGGCAGAAAGCGAGGGACAAGUAUCAUGAGAUUCUUUCCAAGAAUAUCUCUGAUACGGCGAGCGAGUGGGAGUUCUUUCAUGUUAUUCAGCUUGGGAAGGCGGUUACGGGACUGGUGGAGAAGGUCGGGAAGAGGUAUAGGAAGAAUCCCGAGGUGCUGGGGGUGGCGCCGCUAGGGAUUUUGGUGGAGGAGUGUUUGCCUUGUUUUGCUGAUGAUGGGAGGGAGCUGGUUACGCGGAUUAUGGCGCUUGCUAAGGAGGGUAAGGUGAAGGGUGGGGAGGGUGAUGGGAAGGGUGAGAGCGGUGCCGGUAAAGGGGCAGGUGAAGUGCCGAUACAGGAUGGGUUUGAGCUGUACAAGGAGCUUGUUCAGAUCCGACGGGUAUGGGCUUCUGUGCUCCCAGGCCGGGAAUUCGGUUUCCACAUCGAAGGGCUCCUGCAGGAAUUCGUCUGGCGCUGGAUCGCCAUGACGGACGCCAAACUCCUCUCUUGGAUCGAAGCCGCGGUCGCUCAUGACGAUUUCUCUUCCCGCCAGGACCCCAAGGAUAAAGAGGCUGGGUUGCCGCCUUCGGAGGAUGAACGACAUAGUCAGAGUGUUAUUGAUGUUUAUCAGAUUUUCUCCCAGAGUCUGGAGCAAGUUCAACGGUUGGAAUGGGACGAUGAUCUCAUGUAUGCGAAGUUCAUGACCGCCGUUAGCAAGAGUAUCGGUCGCGGCGUAGCCCGGUACUGCGAGUUACUCGAACUGAAAUUCGCAAAGGAAAUGGAUCGUCAGACUCCGGAGCAGGAAAUGCGGGCCCAGCAGACCCAACGGGAUCGCUGGAUUUCGGCCGCGAGGGAUGCGUGGAUGAGUGGUGGCCGGGCGGGGGAAAAAAUCGAGCCGUUUCAGUUCUAUCAGGAGAGUUUUGUGAAGAUUAAUGAUGUCGAGUUUGCGACGCUGCAGUUGGAUAAGGUGGAGAAGGAGGUGAAUGUUGAUGCUUGUGCGGAGGUUAUCAAUAGGCUUGAUCCGCCGCCGCCGGCGCAUAUGCGUGGGAGAAUGGGUGGUGGUGCGGGAGGAGGAGGACAGGGGAAAUUCAUGUUCACGAUUAAGAUUAUUGAGGCGGAGGAUUUGAAGGCGGGGGAUGCGAAUGGGUUGAGUGAUCCUUAUGUCGUGCUCGGGGAUGAGUAUCAGAAGAGGCUGGCGAAGACUAAGACGGUUUAUUCCAGUCUUAAUCCCAGGUGGGAUGAGACGGUGGACAUUUUGACGACGGGGCCGUUGAAUGUGGUCGCUACGGUGUGGGAUUGGGAUUUAGUCGGCGAUCACGAUUGUCUUGGUCGGACGUCGUUGAAGUUGGAUCCGAGCCAUUUUAACGAUUUUUUGCCUAGAGAGUAUUGGUUGGAUCUUGAUACGCAGGGGAGGGUGUUGGUCAGGGUGUCGAUGGAGGGGGAGAGGGACGAUAUUCAGUUUUAUUUCGGCAAGGCUUUUCGGACGCUGAAGAGGUGUGAGAGGGAUAUGGGGAGGAAGGUUACGGAUAAGUUGUCCGCGUAUAUUUUGCAGUGUUUGAGUAGGAGGACGCUGAGGGCGUUGUUGGGGCAGAAUAAUAUGAUUGGCGGCGUGAGUAUGAGUCAGGCGAGGGGGUAUUUUAGUAAGUUCUCGGCGCAGGUUGCUGGGCGGCCGAUGAGUGGUGCAGCGGGAGGAGGUAGUGUGGAGGGGACUACGCCUGGUGGUGGUGGAGCUUCUGGAGCCACGCCGGCCGAUGUCAACAAUGCGCUCAAACCGCUGCUGCAAUACUUUGACGACAACUUCGCCAUCAUGAAGCAGACGCUCACCGACUCGGCUAUGAUCAUGAUCAUGACCCGCCUCUGGAAAGAAGUCCUCGUCGUUCUGGAAUCCCUCCUCGUCCCCCCGCUUUCCGAUAAGAUCUCCAGCCAGAAACCCCUGGGAAGGCAGGAAGUCGAUAUCGUGUAUCGAUGGCUGCAGACAUUAUUCGAUUUCUUCCAUGCCUAUGAUGAGGAGGAUAAAGUGGCCAAUGGGGUUCCGUUGGAUGUGCUCAAGAGUCCCAAGUAUCAUGAUUUGCAGACGAUGAAUUUCUUCUACUUCGACCCGACGGAUUCGCUUAUCCGGGUUAGUGAUAAGAUUGCCCAGGAGACGGCCGUGAGGCAGCAGGAGACGGUCGCGAAACUGAAUCGGUUGUCCGCCCCGGCUUCUUUCGCCGCGGGCUCCUCGAAUCAGCUGCUGGCGGGUGCGGUCCACGGCACGAGGAGAACGAAGAGUAUCAUGCUGAGCAGGAAUCUGGGCACGAUGCGGCAGGCGAAAGCGGCGAAGAGGGCCGAGGCGCAGGCUGAUCAUAAUGAUGAUAUGAUUUUGAGGAUUUUGCGGAUGAGGCCUGAGGCUGAGAGGUAUUUGCGGGAUCGGUCCCGGCAGAAGGAGAGGUUGGCGGCUGCUGCGGCUGCUGAGGCGAUUGUGCGGCAGAGUUUGAUGGCUGGACGUAUGAAUGGUGGGUUUAAUGGGGGUACGAGUGCUUUGGGGCCUAAGAGGGGGGUUGGUGCGGGGGCCGGGGGGUUGAGUAGGAGGUGGGAUACUAUUCGUGAGUAG